AUGACAGGCGCCGAAGAUGUAAGGGGUGCAAUUGAGUUGCGCGCACAUAUUUCAGAAUUAUUAAGCACCGGAGGUUUCAAAGCUCACAAAUGGCAUUCGAAUUCUCCGGAGGUUGUAUCCUUAACGCCACAAAAUGAGAAAAUGUCUUUUAUUCUCAGUAUUGAUGACAAAACUGCUAUCAAGGCUCUCGGAUUAGAAUGGAAUCCGGAUGAGGACAAUUUUAAAUUCACUGUGCGUAAACUCGCAUCCUCUAUAACGAAACGACAAGUACUUUCUGCAAUAAGUAGGCUGUUUGAUCCUCUUGGACUAAUUGGGCCAAUACUAACUAGAGCGAAGCUGUUAAUGCAGGAAACAUGGCGAAUUGAUCGCGAUUGGGAUGAGCGACUUCCUGAUGAAUUUCUCGUUAAAUGGGAGGAAUUCAAGGUCGAAUUAAGUUCGUUAAAAACUCUAUGCAUUCCGAGACGUGUUAUUGCAUGUGAUAAAGCUCAGCGAUUAUUCCUUCAUGGAUUCUGCGACGCUUCAGAACGAGCCUAUGGCGCUUGCGUAUAUAUACAAACGGAAGAUUACCGAGGAGAGCUUAGUUCUCGAAUACUGUGUUCAAAAUCGCGAGUAGCUCCGAUAAAGACAACAACGUUACCUCGAUUAGAGUUAUGUAGUGCCGUCCUAUUAACACGAUUAGUAGUUCUUCGAGCCCUCAAAAUACCGAUUAAGAACGUAAGAAUGUGGUCUGACUCCAUGGUCGUGUUACAUUGGAUACGCGGCGAUGUGUCACGAUGGGAAUCUUUUGUCGCAAAUAGGGUAACCGAGAUCAACGAAACCAUACCAGCGGUAACCUGGGGUCAUGUAAGUGGCAAGGAAAAUCCAGCAGAUGUGCUAUCUAGGGGCACUAGUCCUCGGCUACUUGAGAAGCUACAAUCAUGGUGGGUGGGACCGCCUUGGUUGCUCGAUAAAGGAGUGUUAACGAAAAAUCAACGAGAGUUCGACUUAUCGCCAGAUGCUUGCAAACUGAUAUUCAUUGAAGAGCGCAAGAAGGGACAAAUUUGCCACGUUGCUACUGGAGGUCAACAACUCAUCGCAAAUUUACUUAAUACCUUCUCGUCAUUAACGAGGAUUGAGCGAGUAAUCACUUAUUGUCGACGAUUCAUAUUGAAUGCAAGAAGGAAGCCACAGGAUCGAAUCUUGAGUUCUUUGUCAGUGCAGGAGCUGUGUGAGGCACGUCGUGUUCUUAUCCGUUAUGUACAAGCGAAUCACUUUGCCAAGGAACUUUCGGAUUUGAAGAGCAAUCGUAAUAGCAAAUCUUCAAGCAAGAUUGCAUCCUUGAUGCCCUUUCUCGACAAUCAAGACAUCAUCAGAGUAGGCGGUCGUCUGCAGCAAAGUUGUUUAAGUUUUGAACGCAAACACCCUAUUUUACUACCAAUAGGGGAUCGUUUCACGAAAUUACUGGUUGAGAGAGAACAUAAGCGUCUUCUUCAUGCAAACCAACAAUUAUUGUUAUAUUCCAAUCGACAACGAUACUGGAUUUUAAAUGGAAGAGCACUGACGCGGCAAGUGUGUCGUCAAUGCAUACGCUGUUUUAAAACGCAGCCCCACGAAACCUUUCAAAUGAUGGGAAAUCUACCAGAAUGUCGUGUUCAGCCAAGCCGAUGUUUUUACGUUACAGGAGUUGAUUUUGCAGGACCGAUCAUCACGCUGGUUAACAAGGGUCGUGGACGGAAAACAAAUAAAUCUUACAUCACUUUAUUCGUUUGUUUUGCGACCAAGGCGAUUCAUUUGGAAGUCACGAGUGAGUUGUCAACCGCUGCCUUUAUGGCGACUCUACGUCGAUUCGUGAGCAGAAGAGGAUGUCCGCAUACUAUAUGGAGCGAUAAUGGUACAAACUUCGUUGGUGCCAACAGAGAAUUGACAGAAAUACAGCAGUUCAUAAGAUCUCAAGUCAUAGAUGAGGCAGGAGACAUGCUUACUAACGAAGGGAUCAAUUGGCGAUUUCUUCCUCCAAACUCUCCCCACAUGGGAGGCUUCUGGGAAGCUGGAAUAAAAUCAUGCAAAUAUCAUCUCAAACGAGUAAUGGGAAACGUAAUGUUCACCUUUGAAGAAAUAACGACUACACUUGCUCAAAUCGAAGCUUGUCUUAAUUCAAGACCUUUAUCACCUUUAUCUUCUGAUCCAACUGAUUUGGAGCCACUCACGCCAGCUCACUUUAUGGUUGGAGGACCAUUGACAAGUGCGCCUGAUGUUGACGUGACCGACGUUGCCGUAAACCGGUUGACUCGAUGGCAGUUAAUACAAAGAAUUACCCAAGACUUUUGGAAACGGUGGGCGGUAGAAUAUCUCUCUAAUUUGCAACAGCGAACUAAAUGGAAAUUUCCUCAGGAAAAUGUAAAGGUCAAUGACUUGGUAGUAAUUCGCGAAAGGGAUAUCCUUCCAUGGAAGUGGAAGCUAGGACGCGUGAUAGAAUUACACGCUGGUAAGGAUGGCUUGGUCCGCGUCGCAUCCAUGCGUACGAUGAACGGUGUUGUAAAACGUGCAAUUAACAAGUUAUGUAAAUUACCUGUUGAUUCAGCUAAAAAUUAG